GGGACGCGCCGGCCUGGGCCGUGGUGCCCGCCCCAGGGCUUUAGCCCUAGAGCUCCCCUGGCAGUCCUCCGCGCGUGUCCCCGCGGCAUGCCGCCCCCCGUGCUGUUCUGCGCUCUUUGCUGCGGACUCCUGGCUGCAUCUGCGCGUGCCAGCUACUCCACAGACCCCUGCAGCUGGAGGGGCAGUGGCCUGACCCAGGAACCGGGCAGCGUGGGGCAGCUGGCCCUGGCUUGUGCGGAGGGCUCCGUCGAGUGGCUGUACCCGGUGGGGGCGCUGCGCCUGGCCCUGGGCGGCCCAGACCCCAGUACAAGGCCUGGAGUCGCCUGCUUGCGUCCCUUGAGGCCUUUCACUGGCGCCCAGGUCUUCGCUGAGCGCGCAGGUGGCACCCUGGAGCUACUACUGGCUGAGGGCCCGGGCCUAGCUGGCGGGCGCUGCGUCCACUGGGGUCCCCGCGAGCGCCGGGCCCUCUUUCUACAGGCCACCCCGCAGCGUGACAUCAGCCGCCGCGCGGCUGCCUUUCGCUUUGAGCUACGUGAGGAUGGGCGUCCAGAACUGCUGCCCCAGGGCCCUGGCCUUGGCAUGAACGGUGCCUGCAGGCCUUGCAGUGAUGCUGAGCUUCUCCUGGCUGCAUGCACCAGUGAUUUUGUGAUCCAUGGGACCAUCCACCAGGUUGCUCAUGAUACAGAGCUGCAGGAAUCUGUCAUCACCGUGGUGGCCUCUCAUGUCCUCCGUCAGAAGCUGCCACUAUUCCUGGUGGGGAGUUCCGAGGGCCAGAGACAGGCCUCCAUUCGAACACUGCUGCGCUGUGGUGUCCAACCUGGCCCAGGCACCUUCCUCUUUAUGGGCUGGAGCCGCUUUGGUGAGGCCUGGCUAGGAUGUGCUCCCCGCUUCCAGGAGUUCAGACGUGCUUAUGCAGUUGCCCAUGCUGCCCGUCUCAACCCCUGUGAGGUGGCAUUGGACUGAGACUUCCUCUGGUACACGGUGCCAGGGAGGGCUUUGUGGGAGGGGAGGUGGGGAGACAGUGACUCCCAGGUACCCAAUGCUUCUGAGAUUAUAAUAAUAUUGAUCAUACCAGC